AUGGCAUCAGAGGAUUGGAGAAAGAUAGACAUUGAUGCAUUAGAACCGGAAUACCACUUAUCAGCUGCUGAGCUUGUUCCCGACUUACCACAGAUAUCACAAUCGCAGAUAUCCUCAGUGGCUCAACAAGUGAGGUCGCAAUUAUCAUCAGGUCAAUUCCAGCAGGCACUCGAACUAGCUUUGGAUAACGUUCCGUAUAUUGCUGACCUGCCUCAGACAAAGGAGUUGCAUGCCAAAACCGUUUUCGAAAUCUUAUGUUCGAUAAAGAACAAUAACAAUAUUUCGGAGUUGGGGAAAUUUGUCAAGAAUUUGAACCAAGAGCAACAAGACACUCUUGUCAAGUAUUUGUACAAGAGCAUGUCUGAAUCUUAUGGCCAAAAGCAAGGUGCGUUGUUGUUGAACUGGUUUGAAAAGACUGUGGAGGUUACUGGUGUUGGCGCAAUUGCAAGGUACAUGACGGACAGAAGAACUGUAUGA